GCAUUGCGUCAAACGGCAUAGAGAAAAGACGUCGAGCUGUUGUUUGUAAAUUACAAGGGCUUGGUUUGGAAUCUUCUUAACAAUACUGAAGAGAGUUUUUCAAACGCUCGAAUAUUUGAAAACUGGACGUGUAUGACUGAAUUUUGCUUGGAUUACUACAUUUGCAGGAUGCAGGAUAACAAAGGACUCCAGUUUAGGCGGUGUGUAAAAUGGCAAGCAGGAUUCUCCAUUUUCCUUUUAUUCGUGCUGAACACCGUGACCGGGCAGAUUCGUUAUUCGAUUCCAGAGGAAAUGAGACCAGGAUUGUUUGUCGGAGAUGUGGCGAAGGAUCUCGGUUUGGAUGUAAAAAGGUUGGUUUCUGGCCGUGCGCGUCUCGUUAUUGAUGAUAGUAGACAAUAUAUCGAGCUGAACCGCAACAAAGGACAUUUGGUGGUAAAAGAGAGAAUAGACAGAGAGCAGCUCUGCGGACAGAAAUCUCCGUGUAGUUUCGGUCUUGAGAUUUUGCUUGAAACCCCUCUGGAAUUUUUCUCGAUUACCAUCGAGAUUCAAGACAUCAAUGAUCAUGCGCCCGUUUUUUCUAAGAAAGAAAUAAUUCUCGAAAUAGGCGAGUCCACACCUGUAGGCACUAUUUUCUUGUUAGACACAGCGACUGAUCCAGAUGUUGGUUUGAAUUCUCUUCAGAGCUACAGUCUGAAGCCUACUGAUAAUUUUGCUUUAAAGCAACACAGUCGCUCAGACGGCAGUAAAUAUGCAGAGAUGGUGUUGCAGUCAGUGCUGGACAGAGAGAAACAGAGCGCGCAUUCACUUAUUUUAACGGCUAUUGACGGUGGAGACCCACCGCGCUCUGGAACUGUUAAAAUAGUCAUUACUGUCCUUGAUGCCAAUGAUAAUGCACCCAUUUUUACGGAAACAUUGUAUAAAUCAACUGUUGCUGAGAACGCAGUAAAAGGUACGUUGAUAACUAAAGUAAGUGCAUCUGAUGCAGACGAAGGUUACAAUGGCAAUGUCACGUAUUCAUUUACUCAUAUGGGAGAGGACGCGGCGCACCUCUUCCAAAUCAAUGCAGCCACUGGUGACGUAACACUCACUGGCAAUUUAGACUAUGAAACAGUUCAACAAUAUGAACUUAAUUUGCAGGCUAAAGACCCAUGGGGUCUAACCGGUGCGAGUAAAUUAGUAGUGGAUGUUGUGGAUGCUAAUGACAACAGCCCGUUUAUAACAAUGACAUCUUUCUCGGGUAAAAUACAAGAGGAUUCUCCGCCCGGCACAGUUGUAGCUUUAAUAAGCAUCCAGGAUUUAGAUUCCGGUAAAAAUGGACAGGUCCGCCUAGGCUUAGAACAAAGUACUCCAUUUACAAUUAAACCAUCACCGCGCAAAUACUACACUUUGGUCACCGAUGCACCACUAGACCGAGAAAAAGCUUCCAGUUUUAACCUAACGUUAGUUGCGUCAGACGAGGGCAGCCCCUCAUUAUUCAGUAAAAGGACUAUUUCUCUAGAUAUUACUGAUAUCAAUGACAAUGCGCCAGCCUUUAGUCAGCGUGAAUAUAAAACAUAUAUAUUUGAGAAUAACUCUCCCGGCGUUUCUCUGCUGACUCUUCAAGCAACAGACCCUGAUUCAGGGCAAAACGCGCGUAUCGCAUAUUAUCUGGUAGAUACAGAUGUAAAUGGUUCACCCAUCUCAACAUACUUCUCUAUUAACGCAGACAAUGGAAUUAUCCAUGCGGUGCGAUCAUUUGAUUACGAACAGAUGAAAGCGUUUAAAAUACAUGUGAGAGCGCAAGAUGGAGGGUCUCCACCUCUCGGUUCAAAUGCUACAGUUCUCAUUAACGUUCAAGACCAGAAUGACAACGCGCCUCAGGUUCUGUAUCCGGUCCAGUCAGGUGCUUCUGUGGUGGCUGAAAUAGUGCCUCGGUCUGCAGAUGUCGGUUAUCUGGUGACUAAAGUGGUGGCUGUUGAUGUGGACUCUGGACAGAAUGCCUGGCUCUCAUAUAAACUGCAGAAAGCCACAGACAGGGCGCUGUUUGAAGUGGGCGUACAGAAUGGAGAAAUAAGAACUGUGCGCCAAGUGACAGAUAAAGAUGCUGUGAAACAAAGACUCACUGUUGUAGUGGAGGACAACGGGCAGCCCUCUCGAUCAGCUACAGUCAAUGUUAACGUGGCGGUGGCGGACAGCUUCCCUGAAGUGCUCUCGGAGUUCACUGACUUUACGCACGACAAGGACUACAACGACAACCUGACUUUCUAUCUGGUCUUGGCCUUGGCUGUAGUUUCGUUUCUCUUUAUCGUGUCUAUCAUUGCCAUACUGUCAGUCAAAUGCUACAGAUGGAGACGCGAGCGGAUGUUUUACAAAUCUGGAGCGAAUCUUCCAGUUAUUCCGUAUUAUCCGCCUCUUUACGCAGACGUAGGGGGCACAGGAACUUUACAGCACGUGUACAAUUAUGAGGUUUGCAGAACCACUGACUCCAGAAAGAGUGAUCUGAAAUACGACAGACCUUGCAGUGAAAGCAUCAUUAGUCUGGACAGCAGUGGAGCACAAACACUCACGCAUUCGCAAAGAGGGAAACUGAUCAGUGAUGAAUUUGAUGAUCAGGUGAGAUUUAAUUUAACUAAUUUAUGCAGUAUUUAAAACGUUG